AGCCCCGCCGGCCUGGCCCGAGCCCCUUCCUCCCUAGUGCCCCCUGGAGCUGCCUGGGGCGGCAGCUGGAGGCGCUCCGGAGUCCCGGCGGCUGGCGCCGUUAGUAUGCCCGCCUUCCCCGCUGCCCCCCGGGUGCGUGCCCCCCGCGGCGCGCGGAACGGGACGCGGCAGGCAGUUUGAGCGGCGUCGCCCGGGCUGGUGCUGGCCCGGCCCAGUGCGUACUGCGCCCCCUCGUCGCCCCGCGGAAAGAGGGGCGUCUCCGGCCAUGUAUUUCCUGAGCGGCUGGCCCAAGAGGCUGCGGUGCCCUCUGGAGACCCUGGAGCAGCCGCUGCACAUCCAGACGGACCCCCAGAGGGCUUUCUUCGCAGUGCUGGCCCCGUCCCAGCUCAGCAUCUGGUAUAGCAGGCCCAGUGUAUUAAUUGUAAGCUACAAGGAACUAUCAAAACCAGCUUCUCAGUUUGGACCCUAUAAGCAAGCAGAAUGGAGGCCCGACAGCACCAUGAUAGCUGUUUCAACUGCAAAUGGAUACAUCUUAUUUUUUGAUAUUCCAUCCUCAAGGGACAAAUAUCUUUAUGAGCCUGUGUAUCCCAAUUUGCAGUCCAUGCUGGAGGAUCUACUGGUUGCUACUGCUGAUGGAUUGCUCCACCUUAUUCACUGGGAUGGCAUGACAAAUGGAAGGAAGGCCAUCAACCUAUCUACAGUACCAUUUUCUGUGGACCUGCAGUCUUCUCGAGCAGGUUCAUUCUUGGGCUUUGAAGAUAUACACAUUAGAGAUAUGGAAUAUUGUGCCACACUUGAUGGGUUUGCUGCUGUUUUUAAUGAUGGCAGAGUUGGUUUCAUUACCCCAAUAUCAAGUAGAUUCACUGCUGAGCAGCUCCGUGGUGUUUGGGCACAAGAUGUUUUUGAUGGAACUUGUGUGGCAGUAAAUAACAAAUACAGAUUAAUGGCAUUUGGAUGUGCUAAUGGCUCUGUGCAAGUUUAUACAAUAGAUAACUCCACAGGAGCCAUGCAGUUGUCUCAUAAGUUGGAGCUGACACCAAAACAAUAUCCUGAUAUUUGGAACAAAACAGGACCUGUAAAACUGAUAAGGUGGUCUCCUGAUAACUGUGUUGUUAUGGUUACCUGGGAAUGUGGAGGCUUGUCCUUAUGGAGCGUUUUUGGUGCCCAGCUUAUCUGUACUUUGGGAGGAGAUUUUGCUUAUCGGUCUGAUGGUACCAAAAAAGACCCUCUAAAAAUCAGCUCUAUGAGCUGGGGUUCAGAAGGCUAUCACCUAUGGGUGAUCGAUGGGAAUUGUUCUCUGAAUGCAGGGGGUGAUGGUGAUAUAGAUACCAAGAACGAAGCUCAUCAACUUGGUAUUCUGCAAUUUCAGUUCAUCAAGAGUGCACUCACUGCUAACACUUGCAUGAGUAACCAGGAGCAGGUCCUCCUGCAAGGAGAAGAUCGCUUGUAUUUGAACUGUGGGGAUGCAACACAGGCCCAGAAUCCCAGAAGUGCUUCAGCACACUCUGGUCAUAAGCCCAUCAGGGAAAGGGGCCCAUUUUUGGAGGGCAGUUUAGAUUCUCAGGGUUUAAGCACUUUAUUAGGACACAGGCAUUGGCAUGUUGUACAGAUUCACAGUACAUAUCUAGAGAGCAACUGGCCUAUAAGGUUUUCAGCCAUUGACAAGCUGGGGCAGAAUGUAGCUGUUGUUGGCAAGUUUGGUUUUGCACAUUAUUCUUUACUCACCAAAAAAUGGAAGCUGUUUGGGAACAUUACCCAGGAGCAAAAUAUGAUCGUAACAGGUGGCAUAGCCUGGUGGAAUGAUUUCAUUGUUCUUGCAUGUUAUAAUUUAAGUGACCGCCAAGAAGAGCUAAGAAUCUACCUGCGAACAUCCAAUCUGGACAAUGCAUUUGCACAUGUCACCAAAGUGCAGGCAGAAACAUUACUACUCAGUGUCUUCCGGGAUAUAGUAAUAUUGUUUAGAGCAGAUUGUUCUAUUUGCCUUUAUAGUAUUGAAAGACAACCUGAUGGUCCUAACCCUACUGCCAGUAUUCAAGUUCUUCAGGAGGUAUCCAUGUCUCGUUACAUUCCUCAUCCUUUCCUUGUUGUUUCUGUAACUCUGACAUCGGUGAGAACAGAGACUGGCAUCAGCUUGAAAAUGCCACAGCAGGCCUGUGAGGCAGAAAGCAUUAUGUUAAACUUAGCAGGACAACUCAUCAUGGUACAAAGGGAUCGGUCUGGCCCCCAGAUCCGAGAGAAGGACAGCAGUCCUAACCAAAGGAAACUUCUGCCUUUUUGUGCUCCAGUUGUGCUAGCCCAGUCGGUUGAAAAUGUUUGGACUACCUGUAGGGCAAACAAACAAAAGCGCCACUUACUGGAGGCACUCUGGCUCAGCUGUGGUGGGUCAGGUAUGAAAGUCUGGCUUCCUUUGUUUCCCAGGGAUCACCGCAAACCACAUUCCUUUUUGUCAAGACGGAUCAUGCUGCCUUUCCACAUCAACAUAUACCCCUUGGCUGUUCUGUUUGAAGAUGCCUUGGUUCUUGGUGCUGUCAAUGACACUGUACUCUACGACUGUUUAUACACUCACAGCAGUGCUAGACAACAUUUGGAGGUCCUCUUUCCUUUCUGUAUUGUUGAGAGAACCUCUCAGAUCUACCUCCAUCACAUUUUGCGCCAGCUUUUGGUGAGGAACCUAGGAGAGCAAGCCUUGCUUUUGGCCCACUCCUGUGCCACAUUACCUUACUUUCCUCAUGUGCUAGAACUGAUGCUUCAUGAAGUGCUGGAAGAAGAAGCUACCUCGCGGGAGCCCAUUCCCGACCCUCUGCUUCCCACUGUGGCUAAGUUCAUUACAGAGUUCCCCCUUUUCCUGCAGACAGUUGUUCAUUGUGCUAGGAAGACGGAAUAUGCCCUGUGGAAUUACCUUUUUGCUGCUGUUGGAAACCCAAAAGACUUAUUUGAGGAGUGCUUAAUGGCCCAGGACUUAGACACAGCUGCCUCUUACCUUAUUAUCCUACAGAACAUGGAGGUUCCAGCAGUUAGUAGGCAGCAUGCCACUCUUCUGUUCAACACUGCCCUGGAGCAGGGAAAGUGGGACCUUUGUCGUCACAUGAUCAGAUUUCUUAAAGCCAUUGGUUCUGGUGAAUCAGAGACUCCGCCACCUACACCCACAACUCAGGAACCCAGCUCAACUGGUGGCUUUGAGUUCUUCAGACAUCGCAGCAUUAGUUUAUCUCAAUCAGCAGAGAAUCUUCCUGCUAACAAAUUUAAUCUACAGAAAACACUGAGCAUGCCUUCUGGUCCAUCUGGGAAAAGGUGGAGUAAAGACAGUGACUGUGCUGAGAAUAUGUACAUUGAUAUGAUGCUCUGGCGUCAUGCUCGACGCUUGCUGGAGGAAAUCAGGCUUAAAGACCUUGGAUGCUUUGCUGCGCAACUAGGCUUUGAGCUGAUUGGUUGGCUGUGUAAGGAGCGAGCCCGAGCUGCCCGUGUGGAGGAUUUUGUGAUUGCCUUGAAGAGACUACACAAAGAUUUUCUCUGGCCAUUUCCAGUCAUACCAGCUUGCUCUGUUAAUUCACCUUUCAAGAAUGGAAAGUACAAGACAGCUGUUGGAGAGCAGCUGCUCAAGUCCCAGUCUGCAGACAGCUUUUUAAAUGUGGAAAUGGACACAGGGGUCUCAAGUGCACCUCAGAGUCACAGCUGGCUUAGCACCAUCAAUUCCUCCCAGAGAGAAAUGGACACAGUUUCAUCCCAUGGACCUCACAUGCAAGAUGCAUUCCUCUCUCCUUUAUUAAAUAAAGGUGAUGAAUGCAGCAUUGGUUCAGCAACAGACCUGACAGAAACAAGUUCUAUUGUGGAUGGUGACUGGACCAUGGUGGAUGAAAACAUCUCCACUCUAAGUUUAACACAGUCAGAGCUGGAACAUCUCUCUCUGGAAUUGGCUAGUAAAGGGCCACACAAGUCACAGGUCCAACUACGGUAUUUGCUACACAUCUUCAUGGAAGCAGGAUGUCUGGACUGGUGCAUUGUCAUAGGCCUUAUUCUCAGAGAGUCUUCAAUAAUCAACCAGGUUUUUAUCAUAAUGCAGUCCUCUGAUGCUGAUGGAGAGAUCUGGCAGAAUAUCAAGACUGGGCUACAUGCUGUAGACAGAUGGGCUUCCACAGAUUGCCCUGGGUACAAGCCAUUUUUAAAUGUCAUCAAGCCACAGCUCCAGAAACUAAGUGAGAUAUCAGAAGAGCAAGUGCAGCCUGAAGCUUUUCAACCAGUGAACCCUUGUAAGGUUACUGAACAAGCCAGCCCAAGGGCAGAGGAAAGCCGGAGUUUGACCUGCCAUAGCACUAGCCCUCAGAGUGAUAGUGGAAGUAGCAGUGUGAGUCGACAUGAAGAGGACAUGUCUGGGGCAGAGGAGGAGGAUCCUCUCCAGGAAGGCAGUUAUGACUGCACUGUAUCCUAACAUGAUUUUAGU